AUUAAAUUGUUAUUUAGAAAACUGUAGAAAUUACAACAGAAAAAAAGUCUCCAUCUUCAUCUUCUUUAUAUUAUAUUCUCUGCAAACAGAAGGAAUGUAAAAAACGAUUCAGAAACAAGCAAGAACUGGAGAUGGGAACCCAUUCCCAUCCCUCCAUUCUUCAAUAAUUUCCUCAGAAAAUCAAAACCCAUUUCCCCCAUCGCCAAACCACAAAUUCUCCCCCAAGAAACCCUCAGAUCCGUGCAAAUUCCACUCCCAAACCCUCAAAUCCUCCCCCAAUGUCAUCGGCAAAGUUCUCCACCGGCUACGGCGCCGUUCCCUCUCCAGCCGCCGCCACGAUCCCCACCACUUCUUCCGGAGCCCCACCAUCUUUACCCUCCAGUUCCUCCUUCCUCGAACGCGCCAAAAUCACCACGCAAUCCCUAAUCGCCACACAGCGGCCAUGGCGAGAGCUCUUCGAUUUCUCUGCUUUCUCUCUCCCUUUAAACUACGACGAUGCCAUGGCCAGAAUCCGCCAGAAUGUCAACUACUUCCGUGUUAAUUACGCCUUGGUGAUGCUCAUCAUAGUUUUCUUCAGCCUGUUCUGGCACCCGUUUUCGAUCAUCGUCUUCUUGCUCAUAUUUGUCGCUUGGUUUUUCUUCUACUUCUUUCGUGAUCAGCCUCUCGUUCUCUUCAACCAAACGUUCGAUGAUAAAGUUGUUUUGGGGGUUCUGAGCAUUUUUACCAUCAUUGCUCUUGUUUCGACUGAUGUGGGAUCGAAUGUUUUAGGAGCCCUAAUUACAGGUGUUGCUGUGGUUGGACUACACGCGGCGUUUCGGAUUACGGCGGAUCAUUUUCUCGAUGAGGAGACGGCUGCAGAAGGGGGAUUGCUGUCGGUUGUGGGAAAUCAGCAACAACAACGAGGUUACACUCGGAUUUGAUUCUCGAUUUUCAUUCAGAGUUGUGGCUAUUUUUGAUGGGUAUGUCUCAAUUUCUUGAACUUCAAGAAGGUUGGAUUUGGUUCCUUGUUGCUUACUUGGAUUCAUCUGGUUCUUGAAGAUGCAUAAUCCAAUUCAUUUGUAGGGUUUAUUUUCACAUUGUGCUUUUUGGUUUGGAUUCUUGAGUUUGGAUGUCGAAGAUGCUAGUUUGAAGCAUCAAUUUCUUUUUUGGGAGAUUUAGUUUCUCUGGUUUGAUUGGAUUUUAGGAUGCAGAGGAUUUCUUGAAUUUGGUGUUUAUUUUCCGGGUUUUGAAGGGUUCUUCAUGCUUUUGCCUCUUUUUUACAUAUGUAUAUGUAAAAUAUUCAAUGAUCAACGAUGGCUUCGGUUUAUUUAGCUGGAGGAACCAUGAUUUGCCUUGUCCUAUAAAUCUUGUGCUUGCUUUUUUUGA